GGGGAAUUCUGAUGGGUUUCCAUGGUGAGUGUCUCCUAGCCUUGGAGCCUCGCCAUGCUUGCCAUUCUUCCCCUCUUUUAACUUGGCUUUCCCUCCUUCAACUUGGUGGUGUGCGGCAGGCUUCACCAGUGCGACCUCAACGACUCCCCUCACUGACGGAUUCUCAGCAUGAGCGACACUUCCUCGCCAGAUGUGUCUCAUGGCACUUGUUACUACGCACAGAACUCGGAAGCCAAGGGCGACUUUAUUCCAUGUGGGAAUAUUGAGUGGGGGGAUUGGCCAUGUUGCCAUGUUGGGAGCAUAUGUCUAGGUUAUGAUGACUCCAAUGCCUGCUGGGACUAUGAUACCGGAAACACUUAUGUGGCAGGCUGUACCGACAGCGGGUACUCGGCGAGAGUCUGUCCAAACAAGACCCCAUUGUUUGACGAUCAAGAAUGGGUAGCCAUACAACAAUGCGAAAGCAGUGACGACGGCAUGCAGUGGGGCGGAUGCGAAGUUGACACCGACUUGACCAGCUUGACCAGGCUUCCCCACAGCAGCUGCGAUCCCUACUGCUCCUCGAUUCCCGUAUACGUAGGGUCUAAAACGCUAUCUGCGUACGCUACCGUACCUUCGCGCGCUGGGGGAACCAUUAUAUGGACAAACGGAUUCGACCCUAACACCUUGAAGGCCCCAAAGUCUACGACUACGAGCCAAAGCGCGACCGAAUCCUCACAGCAAGUGUCCACCUCCGCCUCAGCCUCAUCCCAGACAACAUCAACAUCCAUCCCAACCACAUCAGCCCACUCCGACGACAACAGCCUCUCCACAGGCGCAAAAGCAGGCAUCGGCAUCGGCUCCGUAGGCGCAGCCCUCUUCUUCGUCGUUGCCAUCCUGCUAGGCCUGCUCGUUAGACGCCGAAGAAGAAAGAACCGCGAGAACAACAACAGCCACUACACCAUGCCGCCCGACCAGCAAUCAGGCUACUAUGACCCCAAUACCACAGCAGGCCCGCAUUCAUCCCCGCCCCAAGGCCCUUACGAGGGCUUCAAGUCUGAGCUACCGGCCGACGCACCUGUGCGACAUGCAUCGAGCCCGCUUUUCAAGGUAGAUGGCAACAGCAUUCUGAGCCAGAGUCCGCACUUGAGCACAGGGACGGGGACGUCAAAUUCGCCGUAUCAGGCGUAUAGUCCGUAUAAUGAGGGGUCUACCAUUUCGGAUGCGUCGACUUUGCCUGGCGGUGGGGGUGGGUAUGCCAGGCAUGUCUCGCCGCAGACCACGGGGGAGCUUCAGGGAUCACCGCCGCCUGGCCAAGGGGGUCACGGGGCAAUGGCACCUAUCCAGGAACUUCAGGGGUAGUUAGGAAACUGAUAGAGAUUCUAGGAGACUUUGGGGCGUAAAUGAGAGCGAGACCUGGAGAUUUUCGGUAUCUGUUUGCUCUGCGUGGCUUGGGCUUUAAUCAAUCGGAUGCGAGCAUCUAUACUUCCAAGUACCUCGGC